GAGCGAGUUCGGUGGCGCGCUGCUUUCCGGCACCUCGAGGAGACAGCCAGCCUUUGCGAAGGCUCCGCGCGGGAGGUGGCUGAGCGUCUAGAGAUGCCUGGCGGCGGUACCUCGUGUACCCGGAAGCUUGGAGAAGUCUCUUAAUAUUACUUCUAUUACUGGUUGCAUGGCGAUGGACUCCUUUAAUUUUUUUGUCUGGGAACUCCUCAUCUCCCCUACAAUCCUGAAUGAUAACCUUGCUGGCUAGAGUAUUUUUGGUUAGAAAAAGAAAUUGGGAUAUAGAAUACCCAUCCUUACCUGGAGGGAGUCCACUGAAGUUCAGAAGAGCAGGUCUCAGGACAGUGGGGGCAACUGCCUCUCUAUCUGAAGCAUGGCUCAGGUGUGGAGAAGGAUUUCAGGACACUUCUGGGACCCUGUUGUUAACGGCUGAAAAGAAGAUUGUUACAGAGAAGCACCUUGAAUUAUCUCUGAGACCCAAGGAAGAAACUGCUGCAUCUAAGAGUACCAGUGGACUUACAGAUAUAACAUGGAGUUCCAGUGGAAGUGAUGUGUCAGAUGAGGAUAAAACACUUUUUAAAUCACAAAGAGAUAAUGGACAUAGUUCUAGGAUAGACAGAUUUUCUAAUAGGAACAAGAAUAUUUUAUGUACAGAAGAUGGGGCCAGUGAAGAUGAACUACAGUUUAUUGACUGGGAGAUUGACAGUGACAGGGAAGAUACUAGUGAGUAUAAUGAAUUUGAAGACUGUGAGAGUGUUGUGGAAAUAUCAGACUGUGCUUCUUGUUCAAGCAAUCAUUCUUCGACUAGUGAAGAGGGGUUCUCUGAGCUCUUGAAGAGAAGUUCUACAGAAAUUUUGGAAUAUUCAUCAGAUAGUGAAAAGGAAGAUGACUCAGAGAAUGCCUUGUUCAUUGAUUCAGAAUCCUCUCCCAAAAACCACAUGGAUUUUGGAACUGAUGUUAGAGAGGUGAUGGAGAGACCAAUAAGGCGGAAGGUGAAAUCUGCAGAGACCAUUUUGUACAUGCCCCAGAAGCAGAUGUUUCCCAGGACUCCAGGACCAUCAGCAAAGAUGAAGCUUCUAAGAGGCGGGCUAGCAGAAAGACUAAAUGGACUGCAAAAUCGAGAGAGAUCUGCCAUUUCUUUAUGGAGACAUCAAUGUGUGUCUUACCAAAAGACACUUUCAGGUAGAAAGUCUGGCAUAUUAGUUGUGAAAAUUCUAGAGCUGCAUGAGGAAUGCACCAUCCAAGUUGCUAUGUGUGAGCAGUUAGCAGGGAUGCAAGCCGACAGCUCUUCUCUAGGUCAGGCCCCCAGGACUGGACUGAAGGUGCUGUUCACCAAGGAGACUGCUUGCCAUCUCAGGGGACAUCCCCAAGACAUCAUCCAUAUUUACCCUCCCUGGCAAAAGCUUGUUAUCCCAAAUGGAAGUUGCCCUGUUAUUCUGAAUACUUACUUUUGUCAGAAAAUUGUCACCAAAGAAGAUUCAAAAAUAAUACGGGAAGUGCACUGUUGGGACACACCCCUUCCAAGAAGAAGUAUCACUUUGGCCCAGAUGUUUACAUUUAAGAACCUAACAAUUAAAUCUCCUGAGGGCCAGGUUAUGUGUAGUGAUCUCACUACCAUGAGGACAGAAUGCACCCGUGGACAUGAGGAAACCAAGCAAUGCUUCCCAGCUCAAGCUCCCCUGAGGGACUCUCUUCUGGAUGCAGUGGAAAGCCAGGGAGCUGCCCCAUGGUCAGGAGUCAAGGUCCGAGUGGUGAUACAAAGAGUUUACUCUCUUCCCUGCAGGUAUCAGCAGGGAGGUGGCUCAGCUGUUCCACCGGGCCCAGACCCAUCCAGAGCUCGAGUCUGCCUUCUCGUGCAAGAUGCCUAUGGAAUGUUCAGUGAAGUAUACUCUGAGGGCGCCAUCUUGAAAGACCAACAGUUGGAAGGGAAAUCCUGCAGCCUGAUGGGAAUGAAGGUUCUACAGAAGGCCACCAGAGGAAGGACAGCAGGGCUUUUCAGCUUGAUUGACACCAUGUGGCCUCCAGCCAUGCCUCUGAAAGCACCUGGCCGUGGCCAAGCCCAUGAAGAGGUAGAAACUCGUGUGCCUCCUCCUAGCUUCUGUUACAUCCUCUCUGCUCAUCCAAGUGUGGGACAGAUUGAUGUCAUAGAAGAAGACCGCAUUUCUAAGCUUUACCAACCUCCAGUUACCCGCUUCUUAAGAGAAAUUCUUCAGACCGAUGACCGCAGUACACGUUGCAGUUUCUAUGCCAGAGUGAUUUAUCAAAGAUCACAGCAAAGGGAGAUUUGGCUGAUGGUGACUGAUGUCACCCUGCAGAUGCAGGAUGAGAAUAACUCUGGCCUCCCCAAAACUGUACCAGUCUGUGUGGCCCCCUCAUGUGUGCUGAGCCAGGAAGUCGUGGAAGCGCUCGCCGAGGCUACCCCUCACAGCUUCCUCUUCAGGGACACUCUCCGAGCCCAGGGUCAGAUUGUUUGUGUUGAACGAAGUGUCCUUUUGCUUCAAAAGCCCCUUUUGGGUAUGGCCUCCAGUGCUCCCUCCUGUGAACUGACCAGCCCUGUGAAGCUCAAUGAACUGGAUUCUGUCACUCAGGUCAACUCCAUUUGCAGCGUUCAAGGCACUGUGGUUGGUGUGGAUGAGAGCACAGCUUUCUCAUGGCCCACCUGUGACCUGUGUGGCAACGAGAGACUGGAGCAGAGCCCGGGAGACAGAGGCGCCUUUUCCUGUGGGGACUGCUCCCGCGUGGUCAUCUCUCCUCUUCUCAGAAGGCACUUGCAGGUGUUCCUGGACUGCCCUUCUCGCCCCCAGUGCACAGUGAGGGUCAAGCUGUCCCAGGCCAGUAUUUCUUCGCUCCUGAGGUUCGCCGCCUGCGAAGAUGGGCUUUACCCACAGUGGAUAAUCAGGGCUUUACAUCUGACCUGCAAGGAGCUGAGAGAAGAUGGGUGUAAGAAGGUCCUCUGUGGAGACAUGAGCAGUUAUGAAGUGAAGAGUGUCCUCGGAAAGGAGGUGGGGCUGUUGAAUUGUUUUGUCCGGUCCGUAACCACCCACCCGGCUAGCUGCGUUGGAUUGGAGGAAAUUGAGCUCCUGACUGCAGGAAGAGCCUCUUCCCGACACUGCCCCUCGCCACAGGAGCUGUGAACUUUGUGAUGCGGCGGAGGUGGUGGUGGUUGGGAUAGUUAUUUGUUAACUACGGGCAGAGUGAGUGUACUGUAUGAUCUUGAAAUGGAACUUAGAUUUUUCUAGGGCAAAUGUUAGCAAGAUAAUUUUGUAAACUAUACCUCAAAAUGCUUUUCUCUACAGUUAUAUUUUACGACCUCUGUGCAAAUUCAGGAACAUGUUAUAUUAAAACUUAACUAAGCUUGAGGCCUUCAUUUUGUACUUCAUCUUAGGCAGUAUUAAAACAGCAAGAAAAAAAUUCUGCUCACUUGUAAUUUUUAAGUGUUUAAAACUGUUACUCCUAAAGUAUAGAUAAGUUACCUGCUGUGAUUCUCGCUAUACCGAUAGGCCUGUUUAAUCAUGCUGGGUACUGUGCACAGAGAGCCGAGAUUACAGACUCAAGAGGAGUGAUUGGUUAUUGUUGGCUUUGUUGGCAGAGAUUUAAAUUAACGCGAAAUGAUGAAUAAAUUGUCUUUAGACAACAAA